UGUAAAGCAGCUCCGGCAGGAUAAAGGCAUUGCUGAACGACUGGCUCCGGUAUCCGUGGUUCUGCUUCCUGCUGGUGUGAAGCCGCUCCGGACUUUGAACGUUCAUCUGAGUCAGACUUUAAAAUGUCAGCUGCUGGGCAGGAAGCCAGCAGGUGAAGAGGAGCAACAGUUCCUCCUCCUCCUCUUCUUCUUCUUCUUCUUCCACUUGUUGCUGAGUGAAGCCUCAUUUCCAGAAGCAGAAAGUCUCACUUUCGCUUCAUGGCUCAGUUUUCCUCCCUUCCCAUCGCUCCCAUCGCGCUGCUGCUGUUCGGACUGGUCGGCAUCCUGCUGCUCACCAUUCCCUCCCAGGACGUCCAGGACGCGCCGGGGUUCUUGUAUGGGAUUGUCCUGGAUGCCGGUUCUUCCCACACGUCUUUGUAUAUCUAUAAGUGGCCUGCAGAUAAACAAAAUGGCACCGGCGUGGUCACCCAGCACAGCGAAUGCUCUGUGGACGGUGGGGGGAUUUCUAGCUACGCUGGCCAAGUCGGAGCGGCGGGCCGAAGCUUACGGGCGUGUCUGAACCGGGCCGUUGAAGAGAUUCCCAAAGAGAAACACCCGAACACACCUGUGUACCUGGGAGCCACAGCCGGCAUGAGGCUGUUGAAUAAGUCCAGUCCACAGCAGUCGGAUCAGGUUCUGGCCGAAGUGGGCAGCGAGAUCCAGUCGUUUCCUUUCAGCUACAGAGGAGCGGUGAUCCUGAGCGGACGGGAGGAGGGCGCCUACGGCUGGGUCACCGUCAACUACCUGCAGGAAAACUUCAUCAAGUUCGGGUUUGUGGGACGUUGGUUCAGCUCCGGCAGAGCGACGGUGGGAGCGCUGGACUUCGGCGGUGCGUCGACGCAGAUCACGUUUGUUACUCAGCAGAAGGUGGAGGACGAAGCAAACAGGAAGGAGCUGCGUCUCUACGGCCAUGUUUACUCGCUGUACACUCACAGCUUCCUGUGCUACGGCCAGGACCAGCUUUUAAAGAAACUGCUGGCCCAAAUCGUGAAGUCUCAGGGUUACGCUCCGGAGGUCAAUCAUCCCUGCUAUCCUGCAAACUUCACCAGGACACUGAAAAUGGAGAAUAUCUUCGACUCGCCGUGCACCGUGCAGUACAAACCCGACACCUACAACCCUCAGAGGAGCUUGACGCUACGUGGCAGCGGACAUUACCAGAACUGCUUUCACAACGUGUCCGAACUCUUCCUCUACGACGGCUGCCCCUUCUCGCGGUGUUCGUUUGACAAAGUCUUCCAACCGAAAGUCACUGGCAACUUCAUGGCGUUUUCUGCUUUUUACUUCAUUCACUCGUCCCUGCAGAAGGUCACAGGGGUCAAGGUCAGUACGCCCCUGCAGCUGGAGAACGCCACCAAGACGGUGUGCAGCAUGAACUACAGCCAGCUGCAGAUGAUGUCGGAGGCAGAAAAUCCCGAUCGUCUGAAGGAUUUCUGCGCUUCCUCUGUGUUCAUCAAAGCUCUGCUGCUGAGAGGAUACGGCUUUGACGACGCAUCGUUCCCUGGCAUUUCCUUUCAGAAUACGGCGGGCGACGCGUCGGUGGGCUGGGCUAUGGGCUACAUGCUGGUGCUGAGCAAUUUGCUGCCUGCAGAAAGCGCCGGGGUGAGGAAAUCUCUCACCGUCGGAGCGUGGGGAAUGCUCCUCUUCCUCUUCAUCGUCCUCCUCAUCAUCUGCGUCUGUCUGCUGUUUCGAGCGCGAAGCAAGAGGAAGAAAGGAGGCGAUGAAAGCGCCAUCUAGAUACAACAUCAUGCUGUGAAGAAAAGAAACGUACAGGACUUUUGGUUUUUGUUGUUAUUGCUUCUUCCAGCAACUUCAGUGUAUAUCUGCUUCGCCAUCAUCUGCAGGACUGGCAUUUGUUUGAACUGUUUGUGUUUUUAAUUAGAUUCAUAAUACAACACAAUCUUUCAGUGACACCAGACGGCCAAUAAGUUUGUAUUUAAUGAGGCUGUUUGGUCUGGUUUGUAAAGCUACACUGUCGAAAAUGAACAGCAAUAAUUUGGGUUAUUUGGUUUGUCAUAAAUGAAAAAAAUCCCCCC